AUGUCUUCUAAAACCACAUCUAACGACGUCCAAAACAUAAAAAACACUUUUACAUCGCUUAACCCGCUUCUCAAAAUCUUCGGCUUAAACUGCGACACGUUUCAAUGUGAGAAAACAAUCCUAUCAUUGAUCGCGUUUCUGUUGCCGGCUGUUAUAAUCGGUUGCGCAGACGCAUACUCGAUGUACUACAAACUACAACACACGUACAGUCAAGUAACGAUGUCCAUAAAGUACGUGGACGGUUUGCAAGUGAUUUUUGACUACUUUCAGUAUCUUAUUGAUCUAUACGUCGUUUACAAGACGGGCGUGUAUAUACAAAACUACUAUAACACGUAUAGGAAGAUAGACGAAAAUCUCGCUCUGAAAUAUUGUUCAGCGGUGCAGAAAAAGCUACGUAUUAUAGUAAUAUAUUUCGGUUUCAUUUGGUUGUUUAGUUGCGCCUGCGAUUAUGGUGCCUGGAUAUACACAUCUGGCUUCGAUAUUGCGACGAGCUUUUUCAUGUCCUACGUGUUUAUAUUGAUAAAAAUUUUGACGAGUAUAGAUAUGACGUCACAUAUUCUGCACGUUGAGUAUAGACUGAGUAUUAUUGGGGACAUAGCUGAGUCCAUGUGCAACAAGAACGUUUGGGCAACAGAGGAAAGACCCGCUAAGGUGUUAGUAAGAAGACGCGAUAUUUUGACUGAAAUCCAAUGCCUUAAGAAAUGUUAUCUUUGGAUAAUUGAACUGAAUGGCUUUAUCAAUCAAGUAUUUGGCGCGAGGGUGUUAUUAAACAGCCUAAGCAUACUAAUAGACAUGGUUAGAUUCACUAAUAUAACAGCAAGGCUUCUCCUCGGUUCUCAGCAUUUGACGAGACACGGAAAAAGCGUUUUUCCCGAAGUUUCCACGGUCAUGAGGUUUUUAACUUGCGUAGCGGUGCUCUACAAUCUGGCGAAACAUUGUGAAUUGGCGUACAAAAAGCGAGAGAGAAUUAUUGACAUAAUUGACCGUACAAUCGUAUUCAAAGAACCUGGUGAGGACGUAAAAGUGACGUUACUGGAACUACAACAGUUAAUUCAGGCUAGACCCGUGGACUUCACUUUGCACAAUUUGACAAGGAUCGAUUAUUCGUUGUUAGGAUCCAUGACAUCUAUCGUCGUCACAUAUACUAUUAUACUACUGCAAAGUGUUAACUGA